AUGAGCGGAGAAAUGACGGCUCUGAGAUCUCACGAAGAUACCUGUAACCAUUAGCCACUCAAAUUAAGAGGCGGCGAAAACUGAGAUUGCGCCGGCCAAUUUCGUCUGCUGUCUCUCCAGCCCUGGUGAAUUCUCCGGUAGAUUCUCCAUUACUUUUAACAUUUUAGGCAAUUAGAUUUUUCAGAAGUUCCGUACCAGAACGAAGUUGGGUAGAACUCCGGUUACUCCACCAAAGCAGCAAACCCAGAUUUUCGAAAUCAUGAAGUAAUUAAUUGUUGGGGCAUUCCAUAUAUAUGUGGUAGUUGGUAAAAUUCUCAUUGUGUGUGAGCACUGUUUGCUUGGUACUGUUAAUUGUAGGGUUAAUGAGAGUGCUGGACGUUGUUAUUUUUUUAUUGUGCUUGCAACUUUUGGACGAGGGGAAAAAAUUCAGACUUUAAGAAUAUGGAGUUUAUUGAGGACAAAGUGGUGGAGCAUGUUUAAAACUUCCUCUUUUUUUUUAAGGUUGGGGCUGUUGUUGGAUCAAUCAAUCUUUCAACAUCUAUAAAUGUCCAGUAAGUUCACCCCCCUUUAGUCAAAUAUUUGCAUUCAUCUGCACUCAGAUCCACUAACAUGUAGUAUAGAGGAGGGAAAAAGGAAAAAACUUUGCCCUUGAACUUUUCCCAAAAUGAGAAGUUGGAGAAAGUUUGAGGACUAAAGUGGGGUUCUGGGCCUGGAGAGCAAGCCACAACCUAUCCUGUCAAUCUAAUUACACUGGAGAUUUGGCUGAUGGCUUUCUUGAAUUUGUAUUUUAGUAUAGCUUUGUUUCAAUGUUUUCUUAUCUGAGGAAGUUAUUCUUGAGAAAAAUGAUUGGUAUAUAUAUGUCAUCUUUAAAAGUAUCCAUUUAAGACAUUCAACUAAAGGGUUCAAUUAAAAAUUGCAAAAGUAGGCAUUGCGUCAUCACAGGAGCUUCUUUGGUCCCUAUGGAAUGCUCAACUCAGGACAUUUACUACCAGUAAUUUGUCAUUUUUCCUUAUUAAGGCUGCAUGCAGCUUCUUUGUAGGUUUCCCUUUUAUUAAUUUGGCUUUAUCUAAUAUCUCUUGCUACCAAAUAUGGUUAUGUUGCAAACUUUCCAAGAACAAUGCUCAUAUGACAUUCUUGGGAAAAUGAAUGUCCAAAAUAUUAUUAACUUUACUGUUCCUGGUUCAGGUAGUGGUUAUAUAGUACAACUUAUUUGUGGAUCCACUCAGGGCAGUCAACUUUGUGUCAACUUGUAUGGUGGACUGCUUUGUAGAUAAGUAUGGCUUCUUUUUUUAUGAAAAAAUGUAAGCAUGCUUUCGUAAAGAAAUAUAGCUAAGUAAUGGCUGAUGCUAUAAGGCUACUGCUUUAUCUGGAUAUCAGUUUAUUGGAGUUCUGGUGAGAUUUUUCUCUGUAAUCUUCUUCUUGAUUUGUUCUCUUUGUUAUUUAACUAUUUUGAUCGUAUCCGAGCACUUGGAGGGAUUUAUUCUUAUGGUACAUUUUGGACCAAUUUUAUUGGAGUUCUGAUUCCAUUUUCAACCUCCUUGGCUCCUUUUGCUCUUCAUUUUUUCUUUUAUUCAAUAUAUCUUCCUUUGUUGUUUGAAGAAAAUAGUGAGUGUGAUAUCUACUGCCACUGAUAUUCAUUGCAGCCUUGUGGCAUUUGUUCUUGCAGGAUCAGGAACAAAGCUAUGCAACCGUCCAUAAACUAAUAACUGUGCUGGUGUGCCCCCUAACACAUGAUACUUGGCACCUCAACUCUUAUUCUGCUUACUUCCACUAUUGUGGUAAAGAAGUGAAGGAAAAAACUUUCAUUUCGCUAAAACAAGUAUCUCCAUGUUUAGACUACUCAAACUUCCACCUUCUCUUUCAACUCAUUCUUCAUUUCUUCUGACUAGGCUCUAUUGCUCUUGCUGAAGAGAGAAAGAAGCCUUCUUUAUUAUUAUUAUUAUUAUUAUUUUUAAAUAACUGCCCAUUUAGACAAAGAUUAAUUACAGGGGAGCACUAUGGGGAGAUGUGUUUGAUUUGGUCUCUGUUUUAGAUGAAGCUAUAAUUGUAUGAGAAUUCCGAAGGGAGUAAAUAUUCUUGUGUUACAUGAUUAGAUGUUUCACACCUGAUGAGUCUCUGGACAAGGAAGCUUGUAUUUUCUGCCCUGUAGUAGGAUUGGAACGCUUAAAUGCAAAGGUGAAGUUUAAUACUCCUUUUGACUUCUCAAAAAUUUACCU